AAUAAGGUAAUAAUAACAGUGACCAUUGGUCUAGUAAUACCCCACCAUCUUCUUCUUUCUCCUCUCUCUGUCCCUUUUCUGUCCUUCUUCAUCCCACAGCACCUUGCCACUCCUUCCACCACCACCAAAACGCCGCGUUUUGAUCAGCAAACACGCCUUUCCGCCGUCGUUUUUACAAUAGGAUCAAUAUGAAGCGAGGAGCUGCAGAAGUUUGUACAGAUAGUUAUGCUCCGAAUAGCAAAAUGAUGAAGUAUUCGAAUGAAGGAGGUGGAGAAAGUGGUAGAAUCUUUGAUUAUUCUGAUCCAUUCACAAUUACAGAUAUGUUAGAAAGCAUUAAUUCUGGUAAGUACGGAUCUGUUACAAAGGAUGUUGAAGCACUUGUUGCACGAAAAAUGCAGAUUUUCAAUUCUCUAUUUACAAUGUAUCCUGAUCUUGAAUGCACAUCACCGGGUGCAAGAUACAAUGCAAAUGGAGAUGUGAUGAGUAAGGAUAUAGUUAAUUUGGAGAAUGUUGAUGCUAAAUCUAUCACUACAACUCCUGCUCCUGUUUUAAUAAUUGAGUCGGAUGAUGAGGAAGAUGUGGACAGAAAACCUUUCAGUCACUUUCAAGAGAUUGCCUUUCCCAGGCCUCUGCCUACUAUUGAUCUCCUUACAGAGAGCUUGCUGGUUAGCAAUCACAUGGGCGUCAAUACUCCCAGAGGAGAGGAGCAAAAUAUUGAUAAAGUAAAGGACAAAGGCAGUUACGUUGGUGUCGAAGAUGAGUUGAGUGAGGAAGAUCAUGGCCUUGUUGCUGAAGAUGAAGACCUGUCUGAGAUGUGGAAUCAGAUGAAUUUUGCAUUAGAAUCUUCCAAGGAUGUUCCAGUUGAUGAAUCAGGUGAUGAACCUUCAGUGGAAGAGGAUGAGGGCUGUGAUCAUUCAUAUGUCCUCAAAGAUGAUAUAGGCUAUGUAUGCCGCGUUUGCGGCGUUAUUCAAAGGGCAAUUGAGACUAUAUUUGAUUACCAGUACAUAAAGGCUGCUCGAGUGAGAAGUUACAGGCCUGAUUCACGUUCUAACAGAGACAAUGAUGAUACCGACGUCAAUUUGGAUGGGCUUAAGCUGUCUGGGCAUGAUUUGGCUGUGGCUGAAAUCUCUGCUCAUCCCAGGCAUAAGAAGCAAAUGAAGCCUCAUCAGCUAGAGGGAUUUAACUUCUUGUUAAGCAACUUAAUUACUGAAAAUCCUGGUGGUUGCAUAUUGGCACAUGCUCCUGGCUCUGGAAAGACUUUCAUGAUUAUCAGUUUCAUGCAGAGUUUUCUAGCGCAGUAUCCAGAUGCUAGGCCGUUGGUUGUGCUGCCAAAGGGUAUUCUUCCUACAUGGAAAAAGGAGUUUCAAAGAUGGCAAGUGGAGGACAUUCCUCUGCUUGAUUUCUACUCCAUGAAAGCAGACAAUAGGACACAGCAAAAGGUAGUUCUCAAACAGUGGGUAGAGCAGAGGAGCAUACUGUUUUUGGGGUAUAAGCAGUUUUCUACUAUUGUUACCGGUGACAGCUCAUGCAAGACAACUGCCUAUUGCCAAGAGGUACUGCUGAAGCGCCCUACCAUUCUUAUCUUGGAUGAAGGUCACACUCCCAGAAAUGAGAAUACUGAUGUGCUGCACUCACUUGCCAAGGUUCAGACUCCUAGAAAGGUAGUGCUAUCUGGCACACUAUAUCAAAAUCACGUCAAGGAAGUUUUCACUAUCUUAAAUUUGGUCCGUCCAAAAUUUUUGAAGCUUGACACUCCUCGUUGCAUAAAGAAACGUAUCAUGAGUAGAGUGCAGUUUCAUGGGUUCAAGAAGCAGUUAAAAGGGGGGAAUGUGGAGAGCAACUUUUUUGACCUUGUUGAAUACACCCUUCAGCAGGAUGAGGAUUGGAAAAGAAAGGAGGCUGUUAUUAAAGAUUUGCGGGAGAUGACUAGCAAAGUGCUGCACUACUACAGGGGAGACUUCUUGGAUGAUCUCCCAGGACUUGUAGACUUCACUGUUCUUCUUGGUCUGAGCCCUCAACAGAAAAUUGAAGUUGACAAGCUGAAAAAGAGGGAGAAAACAAAAUUCAGAAAAACUUCCUUGGGCUGUGCAGUUUACACCCACCCAAGGCUGAAGCAGUUUUCAGAUGUUAAUUCUGGUACUGAAAAACUUUCACUGCUUAAUGAUGCGAAAAUCGAUGAGCUUGUUGAAAGGAUAGAUAUGAGAGAUGGCGUAAAGGCUAAAUUUUUCCUUAACAUGCUGGGUUUGUGUGAAAGCUCUGAUGAAAAGCUACUUGUGUUUAGCCAGUAUUUGUUGCCUCUGAAGUUUCUUGAACGAUUAGCUGUCUGUAGGAAGGGUUGGUCCAUUGGUAAAGAGAUCUUCAUGAUAUGUGGUGAUACAUCUACUGAGCAGCGAGAAUUACAUAUGGACAGGUUCAACAACUCCCCUGAUGCAAGGGUCUUUUUUGGAUCAAUCAAAGCUUGUGGAGAAGGAAUAUCUCUAGUAGGUGCCUCUCGGAUUAUAAUCUUGGAUGUGCACCUGAACCCAUCUGUCUCUCGCCAAGCAAUAGGGCGUGCAUUUCGACCUGGUCAGGAGAAGAAAGUUUAUGCUUAUAGAUUGAUUGCUGCUGACUCUCCUGAAGAGGAAGACCAUCUAACAUGUUUCAAGAAGGAACAAAUUGCAAAGAGGUGGUUUGAGUGGAAUGAGUACCGUGGAAGUCAGGAUUUUGGGAUGGAACCAGUUGAUCUGAAGGACUCUGGUGAUCCUUUCUUAGAGAGCCAGUGGCUAGCUGAGGAUGUAAAGGCCUUGCAUCGAAGGUAAUUUUCGCUUGUCAGUAAUUGUAGAAGAAUAUGCUUGAAGAUGUUCGUAACCUUUUGCAAACUGCACAGUAGUUUCUAGCAAAGUAGCAUUACAAGGAUGUACAAGGUACUCAAAUUUGGAAAAUCAACAUUUUAACUAGUCAUUUUGGUAAAGUUAUACAUGUUGAUGACUGUAGCUGGAUAGAGAUCAGGUGUUAUUCUGAAGUGCAGCGCUGAAUCUUGUUGUAAUGAAAAUAUGCAUUUUGGUACAUGCACUUUCAUAAUAUUUAUAAAUUACUAUGUUUAGAUGAA